CAUCGAAUCCCACCUCGCAUUGCUGACCGCCCCCACCUCGCCUCCUCUCCCCGCGUGGCCUAGCGCCGACGCCGGCCAUGAACGUAGCAACACCAUAGCACAUCAGAGUCCGUGAAAGACAAUGGGCCGGUCAAGGGCCAAGGACGGGGGCGCCAAGUCGUUCCCGUCGCCGGCGUCGUCCUCCUCGGCGUCGUCCUCUGAGUUCGAGUUCACGGUGACGCUGUCGCCGGCCUCGAAGCAGCGGUCGGCGGCGCAGCUGUGCCCCGCGGACGACCUCUUCUACAAGGGCCAGCUCCUGCCGCUGCACCUGUCGCCGCGCAUCUCCAUGGUGCGCACGCUGCUGCUGUCCUCGGCGUCCACCUCCUCCGCCUCCGCCUCCGACUCCACCUCCACCUCGCGCGACUCCAACGGCAGCACCUCGUCCACCUUCUCCGCCGACUGCGAGGCCCUCCUGCUCCCGGACUCCGCGCCCUGCUCCUCGCGCCCCAGCUCCGCCACCGACGACGACCGCCACCUCAACCUCCUGCGGGGAACCGCCUCGUUCGCCGGGCUCCCACCAGCAAAGCGCGCCGGCAACAGGUACCUCUCGUCCUUCGCCACCCGCUUCUCCUCCGUCUUCCUCCACCGCGGCGGUGCGCCGGCUGCCGACAAGAAGCCGUCCGGCGGCAACAAGUCUCUUGCCAAGGAGGUGAUCAAGAAGUAUGCCAAGAAGGUGAAGCCUCUGUACGAGAAGCUGUCCCAGAUGCCCAAGAGCCAGAGCAACCAGCCUCCGGCGCAGCAGCAGCAGCAGGGUUUCAAGAAACCGUUCAGUUUCUCGAUCCGGAAGAAGCGGGGUGACGACGACCAGGCUGCCGCAUCCCCCGCGGUGGCGGCGGCGGAGGCGAGCGCCGGCAAGUACGCGCACUCCAACUCGUUCUCCGGGAACCUCCGGUUCCCGCGGCAGAAGCGGUGCGCGGCGAGCUGCCCCUCAUCGAUGCGGUCCUCGCCGAACCACUCCGGUCUGCUCUCCUUCGGCGGCGCGGGCGGCGUCGGCUUCCCCGACGUGCCUGCCGCGGCAGCGGCUGCCAUGUCGGGCAGCAUUGGCGUCGGUCACGUGUCGCUGUCGAAGUCGCAUUCCUCGUCGAUGGAGGAGCUGCAGAGCGCCAUCGAGGGCGCCAUCGCGCACUGCAAGAACACAAUGGGCGGCGUCGUCUACAUGUGCCCGCGCAAGGGGACGUCGUCGUCGUCGGCCGCCGGCGAGAUCUGCGCGUUCUGA